AUGUCUAGAAACUUACCGUUAUUAUCGGCAAGUACUGUUGCUAAACACAAUACAGCUAAAGACUGUUGGGUAACCUUAUAUGGAAGAAAGAUUUAUGAUGUUAGUGGCUUUCUCGAUGAACAUCCUGCUGGAGGGGAUAUUAUCUUGCCGUACGCUGGUAAGGACAUCACUCAGAUCAUGGCGGACCUGGUAUCCCACGAACACUCAGAAAGUGCUUAUGAAAUGUUGGAUGAUGAAAUGUUGAUUGGGUAUUUGGCUACUGCUGAAGAAGAAGAAGAAUUAUUAAAUAAUAAAAAUAAGACCCCGGUUGAAGUUAAAUUGGCUGAUCGUGAGUUUGAUCUCAGUGAGUUCCAUGAUGAGUUACCAGCUUUAGAAGUCUUGUCUAUUCAAACUGAUUAUGAAGCUGAUCAUAAAAAACAUAAGUUUUUGGAUUUAAAUCAAGCUUUAAUUCCUCAAGUUCUUUUCGGUAAUUUCACUAAAGAAUUUUAUUUGGAUCAAGUUCAUAGACCAAGACAUUAUGGUAAAGGUUCUGCUCAAUUAUUUGGUAACUUCUUAGAACCUCUUAGUUUAACUCCUUGGUGGGUUGUUCCUCUUAUAUGGCUCCCUCCAAAUCUUUACAUUUUCUAUGUUGGUUUUGCUAAUCAAAGUAAAAUUAUUGCUUUAAGUUUUUGGGUUUUAGGUUUAUUUGUUUGGUCUUUGGUUGAAUAUAGUUUACAUAGAUUUUUAUUCCAUUUAGACUAUUAUUUACCCGAUCAUCCAGCUUUUCUUACUCUUCAUUUCACUUUACACGGGGUUCAUCAUUAUUUACCAAUGGAUAGAUAUAGAUUGGUUUUACCUCCAACUUUAUUUAUCUUCUUAGCUUAUCCUUUCUAUAGAUUGGUGUUUGGUCUUUUACCAUUCUAUAUGGCUUGUUCUGGUUUUGCUGGUGGUACUUUGGGUUAUAUUCUUUAUGAUGUUACUCAUUAUGUUUUACAUCAUACUCAUUUACCAGCUUUCUUACAAGAAUUGAAAACUUAUCAUUUAGAACACCAUUAUAAAAAUUAUGAAUUGGGCUUUGGUGUCACUUCAAGAUUUUGGGACGUUAUUUUCGAUACAGAAAUUACCUCUACUUAUCAAAAAAAUGCCUAA